AACAUUAAUCUCGCAGAGCACAAUGCCUAGGUGAUCUAUUGAUUUCUGGGAAAUUUCCUCAGCAGCCUUUCACCACUUGCAUUAUGUAAGAAAUCCGCAGUGGCAAAUGUGAGUAGUUUUUUGCCGAAAAAUAUGAGUGACGUUCCUCAUGCCUCAUCUUCGCCUAACAAAGAUGAGGGGCUUUCACAAGAAGGCUCUCCAUUGCCAGCAGACGACAAUCACUUACUGACGCCUGUGGACAAAGAGUCCGUAAAAAUCACAAGAAAGUACGUUCCUGUGCUGACCAGGCCAAAGAAGCCAUGUUUUACAGGAAGAUUACGAAUUGUGUACCUCGUUUUUGGUUGUCUCCUGUUUGUCGUGUCUCUGAUAUUAAUGGUGGCUGGAACCAUCAGAGUCCACCAGUGUAACAAGGAAGGCGAGAUGGCUUGGAGUGAGCGCUUCAUCGAGGAAAAUGUUGAUCACUUCGUCGCCACGAAUAACUUUGCCCUUGAGAAGCCAACAAAACAAAGUUCCGACCACGUGCUCGGAACCAGAGGUUACUCGGAGCUUGCCGUGGAUGGCGAUAGUACAACGUGCUCCCAAACAGAUGAGGAAAUAUGGCCAUGUUGGUGGGUAGAUCUUAAAUCCAUUAGACCGAUUGAGGCCGUCAUUAUUAAAGGAAGCCACGAUCAAGGUCUUCGAAAUAUAAGUAUAACAAUUCAGAACACUGAGCCUAAUUUUUCUGAUUCAAAAACGAGCAACACAGAUCCCUGUUUUAAUCAGAAAGAAAAGGUAUCCACUUCUAUCGUAACAACAUGUGGACAGAAUACGGACGGCAGAUAUGUGAUAAUUCGAAGAGAAUCAGAUGGCCAAAGUCCCCGGUCCUUAGUAUUGUGUGAAGUACUGGUCACUCAGAGGAUAUGACGGCCAUUACCUCACUUUGUCCUGACGUUCACCUCUAAUAGGUCAACCACCAGAAAAAUACCAAUUAUUGAGAGACUAUGAUAUGUAAUAUAACACAGUAUCUAUUAUCUUGAUUUCUUGGAGGACAUUGUGAGACAAGGAAAUGGAUCAGAUAACAUGUGUUGAGUGAAGGCUUGUCAAAGAGUUUAGAA